UUAACCAUUGUUGCUGUUUGAGGAGAAAGAGAAACCGUAUAAUUCCGAGGAUGUUUUAUAAGCCCGUGGUUCAGGAGCACGAAAGGCUGGCAGCACAGGAACUGGUGCAGCACCUGGGCUCAGGUAGUGGAUCUGCACUGCUUGGCAAUGAGUGUCGCCAUGCACUGAACACCUUAGCAGUGUCUGAGAAUCCUGAGCUACAACAGUCUGCUUCUGUGUACCUCCUACACCUCAGUCAACAUUUGCCAACUGCUUUGCCCGCUGAGUUCUUGGAGCCAUACCCAGCCCUGCUACGCUCAUCUGAUCUGGUAGUGCAGAGGACAACAUCUCUGUCUUUGGUUAAUUUGCUGGUGGACCACAAUGUUAACAAAGAACUGAUAGUAGAGAUGGGGAUCCUGGAGCCAAUUCUUGACUUGCUUGAGUCUGGAGAUUUGACCGUUCAAUGCAACUCCUGCGCAUGUGUGGCUAUGCUGGCUACUUCAGAUGCCAACAGGGAAGCCAUUGUGGCUGCUGAUGGGGUGCUGCAUAUCCUGGUUCUGGCCGUUUCUUCUGACCCCAGAAUUCAACGGAAUGCUGUCGGGGCCCUUCUGAACCUCACCAGGUCAGAGAAAGUGGCGGGAGCUUUGUGUGAAGAGGGAGCUCUUCCUGUCCUCACACUUUUGCUGCAGUCAACAGACUUGGAGGUCCAGUUCUACAGCUGCUCCACCCUGAGGAACAUGGCUGCCUUGCAGGAGCAUCACUUGAGGAUGCUGGGAAUUGGAGAACACUUCCUCUUGAAGUCUCUGCUCUCCCUCUUGUCCUCUCCAGUGGAGAAGAAUUUCUGCCAGACCUGUCUGUGUCUCAAAAACCUCUCUGUGAAUGUUCAAACACAGGAGGAACUGAUGGCUCUAGGCUGCAUCUCCCUACUGAUCGCUGUUCUGCAUUCUCCUGCUGUGGGGAAGUCUGAGUCGGCCAUCACCCUACUCUCAGCACUGUCACAGCACCCCCCAAACAGAGACGGAAUGGUGGAGCAGGGCCUUGUGCAGGCUGUAGACAAGCUGCUUCUCCUUCACAGUUCCAGCUCUACCAUCGUCAGCCAUGGGGCCAUUACCAUAACCAACCUGAGCAGCACUCCCACUGGUCAACAGGCUGUGAUGGACAGCCAAUGUUUGACCAGGCUGUUGAAGGCUCUGGACCUUACAAGCACCACAGAAGAUGCCAGGCUUUGUGUAGUGUCCUGUCUACACCACCUCACCUGUCUGGUAUCGCUAAAGCCACACAUUGCUGAACAAAUGACUGCUGAACACAUCUCGCAUCUUGUGACGUAUGCCAGCCAGGCAGAAAAUCUAGAGCUGUCCUUUCAUGCUGCCUCUGUCAUUGGCGAGCUGGGAAUGACUGUUGCUCCCUUGUUGAGUCCCCACUCUGACGCUGUCCUCGGAUAUCUACUGCGGUUCCUCAAGAACCAGGAAGUGAGGUUCCAGCAGCUUGGCAUUGCUACUCUGAGCACUCUGAAGAAUGACGGGUGUUUUGCGGCUGCUGUGUCAGGGAAUGCAGUGCAGGAACAGCUAUGCAUGGUGCGGACACAGACAGAACGGACCAGCGAGCUGCUCAGUAUGGUCUCACCCACUUCCCCCAGCUCAGAACAAGCCCCUUCAGCCCAAAGCCUGGACUAACGUGCAGUCAAAAAAUUAUACACUAUUGCUGGGGCCACCAGUUUCUCCCCUUGUUUUCUUGCAUGGUACAGUCCUCCACCAUCAAGAGGUCAUGACAGCCUCUUUGAAUAAUAGUUUGAGAAAGGGAUUGACAAGUUGAUAAAGUAAUUGCCAUUAAGUCAGUGCGAUUACUUACUACCCAGGACAUACUACUAAACUCAGGUUUUGUUUUGUUAAAAAUAAAUAAAUACAAAUUAAAUUGACUAAUCAUGGUCUUAAGUAGAAUCAGAUAUCUUUGUGCUGGGUGAAAGAAAAAAACCUGUAGCCACACCAGCCCUUUUUAGAUAA